AUGUCCGCGCAGACAGCUUCGAAGCCGAAACAACGCGCCGUAAAGCUCGAAGUCCCCAAGUAUGGAGGACUUGCCUCCCACCAACUGCUUUGUUGGAUCAAGCAAGUACGUCGUGCCGCGGAUGCUUUGAACAUCGAUGACGAUGAGAUCCGCGUGUCUUUCGCCAUGUCGUACCUUACCGGUCGUGUGGACGAUUGGGCCUGGGGCCUAACUUGCGAAGACGGCUUCGUGUUUGCCAAUUUCGAUAAUUUCAUCGAACAAUUGAAGGCAGCGUUCCUGCUAGCGAACAGCGACUUCCGGUAUCGCGCGGAGCAAUGCAAGCGCUCUAUUCGUGAGUACGUCCACGAUCUGCGCUUCCUUGCGUCCUGUGUCACCCAGAAGUCUUCGCUCUCCGAAGAGGCUAAGGUGGCUAUCUUUAUGAACGGCCUCAACGACUCAGCUGCGCGCACGCAGCUCUUUCGGACAUAUCCUUCGACAUUCGAAGAUGCCGUCCGCACCGCGCUGGCCGAAGAGUUUUCGGUUCUCCAAUCGCGCACCACGACCAAGACCCGCGACCCACAUGACAUGGAGGUCUCUGCUAUGACAUCACCCACCACCGACCGUCGUUGCUUCAACUGCAACCGACCGGGACACUUCUCCCGCGAGUGUCGCCAACCACGCCGUGCGCCGACAUCCGCUCGUGGUACUGCCGCAUCACCUGCACCCCGUUUCGCGCAUCCCGUUGUCGAUCGCGCACGCGGCGGUCGCGAGUUUCCUCGCGGGCGGGGAAACGGGACUCCUCAGCAAUGCAAGCGCUCUAUUCGUGAGUACGUCCACGAUCUGCGCUUCCUUGCGUCCUGUGUCACCCAGAAGUCUUCGCUCUCCGAAGAGGCUAAGGUGGCUAUCUUUAUGAACGGCCUCAACGACUCAGCUGCGCGCACGCAGCUCUUUCGGACAUAUCCUUCGACAUUCGAAGAUGCCGUCCGCACCGCGCUGGCCGAAGAGUUUUCGGUUCUCCAAUCGCGCACCACGACCAAGACCCGCGACCCACAUGACAUGGAGGUCUCUGCUAUGACAUCACCCACCACCGACCGUCGUUGCUUCAACUGCAACCGACCGGGACACUUCUCCCGCGAGUGUCGCCAACCACGCCGUGCGCCGACAUCCGCUCGUGGUACUGCCGCAUCACCUGCACCCCGUUUCGCGCAUCCCGUUGUCGAUCGCGCACGCGGCGGUCGCGAGUUUCCUCGCGGGCGGGGAAACGGGACUCCUCAGUAG